AUGGAGGAUGGGGUGCCUAUGAAGGCGUCCCUUGUGAGGGCGAUUGACGGACAGAUGGAGCCUGAAAACCAGUCAGAGAACUGGUGCCGCCACUUUGGAACAAGGAAGGACGGGAGGCUGAUCCUGAGUGCGCAUGAGGUGGAGUACUUGAGUGGUAAGAAUGGAGCAGAGUGUUGUAUCAUGACGAGGGCAUACUUCUUCAUGAAGAGCAAUUGCUACAAUCUCCUUCUUGAUCUGAAUGGCGACUUUAUGCUGUAUAGAAAGCACAAGCACUUCAACCGAAAAAAAGACAAGCCUGUGUGCUCGAUGAAGUUUGUUCGCAGGGACGAUGCGGUAAAGGAUGUUUUUGCAUGCAUGAGAGAAAUGCCGAGCAAAGAAAGCCAAGGAUUUUGUGUGCUGUCUGAGUCUCAAUUUACAUUCCUGGAGGUGGCGAGGAUGAAGUGCCUGGAGAUGAAAACACCAUUAAAGUUGCAGAAGUAG